AUGUCUAAGGAAACAUUUCAAAAAAUUACCAGAAUAAUACGGUUUGAUGAUCCAACUUCGCGCCGCAACAACUGUGACAACUUUGACAAAUUUACACCAAUACGCAACUUGUGGGAUAAAUGGGUGGAACUGCUGCCAAUGUAUUAUAACCCUAGCGAGUGCGUUACGAUCGAUGAACAGCUUUUGGGGUUUCAUGGAAGAUGCAGUUUUCGCCAAUACAUGCCGAGCAAGCCAGAAAGGUAUGGUAUAAAAUUUUGGAUGCUUGCAUGUUCAAAGUCUUGCUAUGUAUGGAACAUGCAACCAUACUUGGGCAAAAUGCCGGGAAACCAACCCGAAAGGAUUCAAGGACAGCGCGUUGUACUUGAUCUUGUAACCGGAUUGAAAGGCCACAAUGUGACUAUAGACAAUUUUUUUAGCUCAUUCGAGCUUGGCCAGAAACUUCUUGAAAAAAAUUUAACAAUGGUGGGGACAAUGCGUAAGAACAAACGCAGUAUUCCCGCAAAACUGUCGGAAUGCAAAAAGGUUCCCGUUUAUACUUCGAAUUUCGCUUUCACGCAAAAUACUACAUUAGUUUCAUAUAUUGGACGAAAGGAUAAAUGCCCUGUAGUGCAGAGCACAAUGCACCACACUAUGAGUACGGGAGAUCCACCCAAAAGAUUGCCGGAAAUAAUCGAAUAUUACAACAAAACCAAAGGCGGCGUUGACACCGUUGACAAAAUGCUAUCCACUUACAGUUGUAAACGCAAAACAAAUCGCUGGCCAAUGGCUGUAUUUAGCAAUAUCGUUGAUAUUUCGGCCUUAAAUGCUUUAAUUGUUUGGAUGAGUGUAAACAAAGAUUGGGUGGAUUCUCAAAAUAAGGGCCGACGUAAAAUUUUUUUACUCGAACUGGGACUCAGCUUGGCAAAGCCAUAUAUGGAACACAGGAAGAAUUAUACUGGAGAAAUCCCCUCAAGGGGCUCGGGUAACCUGGUAAUGGAUAAUGCAGACUCCCAGCCGAGUGGCUCACAGCCGCAACACCCGGUGCCACCAAAAAAAGGGCACGGUGUCACUAUUGUGUGUCAGAAAAAAAACAUCAUUCCGAAAAUAAGACAGAAUUGA